AUGGCGCAGCGCCGACUCCGCUCCCCACUGGUGAUACUCUCCGCCUUCCUCCUGCCGCUCGCAGGCGCAGCAAAGCAGACGCCGUUCACGACGCCUUCCGACUGCAUCGACUCGGCAACGGCAGUGGAGCUGAACCAGCUAUUGCGGACGGGCGGAGCAGGAACUGCGGUCGUCUUGUGCCCGUACGCGCAGGUCUCAAUCGACCCUCACGGCUCUCCCAUCACCUUCACCGCCGCCCGCCAAGCGAUCUACACCCGAGGCUUCCCCGAAGACCACUCUCGCGCGACCCUCGUGAUCGAGAACGUCGAAGGUCAUUUCUCAGGCGACUUGACGACCGCCAUCCAGGCAGACUGCAAUGCGUGUCGAGGCGUCGUCGUGCGGAACUUGCAUGUUGAUGGUGGGAGAGAACAGAUGGGAGAGGUCGAGGGAGGAGAUGCGUUGAUCAAGGUUGGAGGGAACGAGGGAGCGCAGGAGGUCACGUCCGUCAACGCUUGGGGUGCGAGAGGAUACGCUGUCUUGCAUGCUUCCGAGGGCGAGAAGGGAACCUGCCGCGACGUCUCGAUCACCGACAACGUCUUCCACACCUCCGGCCCCGCACCCCUCGACGCCUUCCUCCAAUCCGAGCUUCGCCGACUCCGCGACGGUCCGCCCGCCUACCUCGGCCAAGAACGUCCCGGCACCUGGACAGACGGGAUCAGCGUCGCUUGCGCGCACUCGACUGUCGCGGACAACACGGUCAGGGACGUCUCGGGCGUCGGAAUCGCGUUGCGAGGAGCCCAGGGGACGCAGGUGUACCAGAAUACGGUCGUCGCGAGAGAUCGGGAUAUGCUCGUCGGGAUUGCGCUGGUCGCGAAUCCGAGGGUCAAGGCGAAGGCGGGCGAGUUGGGCGGAGUUGUCGUCAGAGAGAACCGCGUUCACGCCGCCUCCGCCAUGAUCCGCAUUGGCAUCUCGACAGGUUCCGGCGCCUGGUCGACCGACGAGCUUGCCGGCGACCACCAGAUCCCGUUCGGCAGCGAGAUCGUGCGCAACAGGUUGUCGAGCUACACCGGCUACUUCGGGUACGCAUUCGCUCUGAGCGAUGCGAGGGGAUUGCAGGUGCAGGAUAAUGCGGUUUCGGCGUCAAUCUGGGGCGUCGAGACGACCGCUUGCUACGAUCGACCCGCCUACAUCCCUCCCACCCCUCUCCUCCGCGACCCCCGCUCCGUCAUCGGUUCCCUCCAACCCUCCUUCCUCGACAAACACUUCGGCUUCCUCCUCUGCGUCGGACCCGCCACACCCUCCACCUCGUUCGCUAUUUCGCGACACCAGAUCAACGAUGCGCAGGCGCGGAACUUUCAUAAGGCCAUGACUGCGAGGGGAUGGAAGGGCGGAGCGGGCGAGAGGGGACGAGGAAGGCCGGCGGACAUACCCGUGAGGGAGAUGCAUCCUGCGCAUGUCGUCGGGCAUGGCAGGCGAGGAGACGAGGGCGGAAUCGAGGCGAGCGGGCCGGCGAAGGUCUCGACGGAGAAGCGGAAGUGGUACCCGAUGCCUGAGGCGAAGGAUUUUGAGCUGGAGAAGGAGGAAGAGGCGCGAGGAAAGGAAGGGAAGGGCAUGAAGCUGCGGAGGAUGAGGGGUCAGCGGGCGAUGGGAGCGACGGCGGUGCGGGCGAAGGCGUUGCGUGGUCGAUGA